AUGGCGUACCUGGCUCAGUUGGAGGCAGCCUCGAGUAAUCUUUCGGCAGCACUGGAGGAGCUUGCCUCGCAUUACAGGAAUGGCGGGACAGACAGUCUGGGUGCUCGACCACCACAGCUGCUACCCACAGAAGCACCUCCAGAGGCCCACAAGGCAAGAGAGUCGGCGUUGGCAAGUCUGACCAGAUUGCAAGUCAUGCUGGCCGGGCCGACGGAUUUGCUGCAGAAUCUGGCAGGCCAGGUGCAAUUGCUGGCCUGUAUACAAUGGCUUGGCGACAGUCAAGUUCCUGCUUGUAUUCCGUUGGACGGCACAGCCUUGAUCAAGGAUGUUUCCAGUCUUAUCGGGGUUCCAGAAAGCCAGCUCAGUCGGGUUAUCCGAAUGGCCACAACCGGAGGAUUCCUCCAGGAACCUCAACCAGGCCAUGUGUCCCACAGCGAGGUUUCCGCGGCCUUUGUGACAAGACCGUCGUACCUCGACGCAGCCAUGUUUUUGGCUGAAACGGCUGCCCCUGCCGCGUUGACCAAAGAGACAGGUAUAAUACAGGAUUCCGACUCCGAUGGGCGAAAGGAUGAGAGCCCUUGUCUGUCAUCCUUCGCCACUGCCAGCGAAGCCCAAUUGCCCCGCCUACAGCGGCAGUGGCAGGCCUACCUGCGAUAUGGAACGGGCCAUGUCGGCGCACGAUCCACAGAACGGGCCAUCGCUCUCGCAAACCAAUAUCCAUCGCUCCGCUUUACAGUCCAACUCCAAUCCUCCAGACAUGACCGACUGCGGAUAUCGAAUCCCAGGAUAACCAUCUCCCACCGACAGCCAGGAUCACCACAACCCAUUCUCAACGCCGCACUCUACAUCCUCAAUUUCCCCAUCCCCGUACCAGGAUCCUCACCCGCCUCGGUGGCGACGCACCUCUCGGCUGAGCUUCGCGCACAUCUACCUGCGUUGCGGCUGAACCGUUCGGCUACCUUGGUCGUCAUUGCUCCCUCGACGUCCGAUUCAGAUGAAGGGAUAAGGCUGACUCGGAUCCGCGAUCUGUCCUUACUACAACUGGCCAGACAACGCGAGUUGGGGUUGUCCGAAGUGAUCAACCUGCUGAACGGAGUCAGCGACGGGGAGGGAAGACUGGUGCUUGUGAAUCAGCAUGACUUGCCAACUGCUAAAAGCUACUCCGCGCCCUCUCCCCGCCCUCUCCCCGCACGUAAAGCUAUCUUAGGAGUAGACCUGGAAUGUGGCAGUCGGACCAGGAGAGAUGAAAGAUAG